AUGGGAUUCACUCAAUCCAAGCAUGAAUACUCUCUCUUCACAUGGCACAAAGGUACCACUGUCAUUGCUCUUAUUAUUUAUGUUGAUGAUAUCUUAAUCACUGGGAAUGAUGAGAGUAGCAUUUGCACCCUAAGAGAACAUCUCAAUAAAAAUUUCCGUAUAAAAGAUCUGGGGGAACCAAAAUAUUUCUUAGGCAUUGAGAUUGCACGAUCCCCGGCAGGUAUUUCUCUAAGUCAACGGAAAUAUGUUUUAGAACUUGUAUCAGACUCUGGUUUAUCAACAUGCAAACCCAGCAUCAUCCCUGUGGAACAAAACAUUAAACUCACAUCACAGCAAUAUGACUAUGAGACAGCCUCUUCAGAAAAUGACCCUCUGUUACAAGAUCCAACUUCCUACCAGAGACUCGUAGGAAGACUUAUCUAUCUCACCAUGACAAGGCCUGACAUAAGUUAUGUGGUCCACAUACUAAGUCAGUUCAUGCAUCAACCCAAACAAUCUCAUAUGGACGCAGCAAUCAAGGUGCUUAAAUAUUUAAAGGGAUGUCCUGGAUUAGGACUUCUCUUACCUCGAGAUGGGAAUUUCGACAUCACAGCUUACUGCGAUUUAGAUUGGGGUACUUGUCCCAUGACCAGAAAGUCUCUUAUAGGAUUUUGUAUUAAAAUUGGAGGAUCUCUUAUAUCAUGGAAAACAAAAAGGCAAUCAACAAUAUCACUUUCUUCAGCUGAAGCAGAGUAUAGAGCAAUGGCAAAAACAACUUGUGAGAUUGUCUGGAUUCUUGGAUUAGUUAAAGACUUGGGAAUAAAAACAGGAAAACCAGUCACUUUGUACUGCAAUAACAAAGCUGCUAUAUAUAUCGCAGCAAAUCCAGUUUUCCAUGAAAGAACCAAACACAUAGAAAUUGACUGUCAUUUUGUCAAGGAGAAAAUUGAGGAAGGGAUUAUCAGGACUAGGCAAAUACGAACAUCGGAACAACCAGCGGACAUAUUCACAAAGCCUUUGUGUAGUCGUCAGCAUUCUUAUUUAUUACGCAAGCUUGGGGUUUUCGAUAUCUACAAACCACCAACUUGA